UGAAUGCUCUUUUGUGGAAUUGGAGUCUCACAGGACUCUUUCUCUUGAGCAUUCUUGCAGAUGGGGUAAUGGGUUCUGAUGAAAUGGAUUUGUUUAACAAUUUCAGUGGAACAAAUGUGUUUCAGAAACAAGAUGAUGGUGCAGAUGUUCUGAUGGUAGGACUCACUCUGGUCCAAACCGCUGCAGCUGAAGGAGCUGUGUGUCUGGACGGGUCAGUGCCUGGAUAUCAUUUGUAUCGUGGGUACGGUUCAGGAGCAAACAACUGGAUCAUUCAGUUGCAGGGGGGUGCGUGGUGUGACAGCAUAGAAGAUUGUCAGAACCGUAAAAGGAGUCGUGUUGGAUCGUCUACCUUAAUGGAAACACCGAUAGAGUUUAAAGGAAUACUAAGCAAUAAAGCCGCUGAAAAUCCAGACUUUUACAAUUGGAAUAAAGCAGUAGUUCGGUACUGUGAUGGCGCAUCCUUUAGCGGUGAUAGCGAAAACAAGACGGAACAACUUCAGUUUAGAGGAAAGCGUAUAUUUUUGGCCGUCAUGGAAGAUUUGAUAGCAAAGGGAAUGUGUCAUGCGAAGCAGGCUUUGCUCAACGGAUGUUCUUCUGGGGGUCUUGCAGCGAUUUUACGCUGCGAUGAUUUCAGUAGUUUGUUUCCUCAUACCACCAAAGUAAAAUGCAUGAGCGAUGCUGGCUUCUUCCUCGACGCGGUUGAUAUAUCUGGAGCUCGUUCUAUAAGGCGUAUGUAUUCCGGUGUUGUAAACACCCAGGGUUUACAAAACACGCUUCCUCGCACAUGUACGAGCCAUCUUGAUCCAACUUCGUGUUUUUUCCCUCAAAACAUAAUCAACCAAGUCAAGACACCUUUGUUUAUUCUCAACUCGGCAUUUGAUUCGUGGCAGAUUGAGAAUAGUAUAGCUCCACCAUCUGCUGAUCCGAGUGGCAGUUGGCAUAAUUGCAGCUCCAGCUUCAAGUGCAACACCUCUCAGAUGCAAUUCUUGGAAGGUUUCAGGAUGAGCAUGUUAGAUGCCUUAAAGACCUUUUCGAUGUCAAGCAAGAACGGAAUGUAUAUUAGCUCGCGCUGGGCUCAUUGUCUAGCUGGGAGAAAAGAUACUUGGUCUCCUGGAAAUUCUCAACCGGGUGAAGAUACGGGGAUGGCUGUAGCUGUUGGAGAUUGGUACUUCGAAAGAGCAUUUUGAGAAAAAUUAAUAUUUUUUAAUGCAUAGUUGUAUCAUUAACUAGCAU